CCGCUGCUGAUGUAAACAAAGCCGAGUUAGGACCAGCAGCUCGGUUCAAUGAGUUAAAAGGUUAGCUUGUGUAUAUAUACAUAUAUAUAUUUAUAUAUAUAUACAUAUACAUAUAGUCUAAAGUCGAGUCUGUGUGUGAUGGAGCUCCGCUCCGACUGAACCGGAACCAGCAUCAUGUCCAUGGAAGACCCGUUCUUCGUCGUCAAAGGUGAGGUACAGAAGGCAGUGAACGCCGCACAAAGUCUCCAUCACAGAUGGAGCGAGCUGUUGCAAGAGGGAGGCGGAGCCUCCAAGGAGGAAAUGGACUGGACAACCAAUGAGUUGAGGAAUAGUCUGCGCUCCAUCGAGUGGGACCUGGAGGACCUCGACGAGACCAUCAGCAUCGUUGAGUCCAAUCCAAAGAAGUUCAACCUGGACGCAAUGGAGCUGUCAAAGAGGAAAGCCUUCAUCACCAGCACCAGACAGACUGUCAAGGAAAUGAAAGAGCAGAUGGCAAGACCAACGGCUGCAUCAGUGGACAGAAAGAACACACAGACUCUACUCGGCGAUCGUGGUGCUCAGGGUCCCAUCUGGCAGCCUGGUCCUGAUAAAUAUGGAAGACUGGACCGCCAACUGCAGAACGCCAACUCUCAGUUUAUAGAGGAGCAGCAGGGCCAGCAGCAACUGAUGGAGGAGCAGCAGGAUGAACAGCUGGAGCUGGUGUCGGGAACAAUUGGAGUCCUGAAGAACAUGUCGGAGAGGAUCGGCCUGGAGCUGGACGAGCAGGCGGUGAUGUUGGAUGACUUCACUCACGAGGUGGACACCACUCAGUCGAGACUGGACAACGUCAUGAAGAAACUGGCCAAAGUGUCUCACAUGACCAGCGACCGGCGUCAGUGGUGUGCUAUCGGCGUGUUGCUCUCCGUCCUCUUCGUGGUGGUCCUCCUCUUGUUGAUCCUGUGAUGCCUCCUCCGGUCUGGAAUCUGGGACUACUGACCUCUACUGGACUAUUCUGACCUCUACUGGACCAUUCUGGACUCUACUGGACUACAUGUCCCUCUACUAAACUUUUUUGAACUCAACUUAAUCAAACUCUCCUAAGUUGUUCUGAACUCUACUGGACUCUGAGCUCGAUGAACUGUACUGGACCCUACUGGGCUCUAUGAACUCUACUGAAUUCUAUGGACUCGACUGGACACAACUGGACUAUACAGUACUAUACUGGACUAUACUGAACACUAUUGACUCUAUGAACUACUGAACUGUACUCGACUUCAUUGGACACUAAGGAACUCUACUGUUCUCUAUUGGACUCUACUAAACUCUAUGAACUGUACUCUACUAAACUCUACUGAACCCCUUAGGACUUUACUGGACUCAGACAGGCCACACUGUGCAGGACUUCCCUGGACUCUGUUGGACUCACUGGGCUCUCGUCCUGCUGAGUUGGACUGAAAAGGCACUUUGGGUCUUUGAGUGUUUGAUUUUUAUUGCAGAGGUCAAAGGCCAAACCAGGUGGAAACAUGUUUGAUGUGUUUAAAUGUUUCAUAUUUGUUGUAUUUAAAGGGCUGAAAAAAACCGUUUAAUCAAACUUCAACUCUAGUUUAACUUCAGUGUAACUCUAGUUUGAAUUCAGUUUAACUUCAGUUCAACUCUAGUUUAACUCUAGUUUAACUUCAGUGUAACUCUAGUUUAACUUCAGUUUAACUCUAGUUUAACUUCAGUUUAACUUCAGUCUAACUCUAGUUUAACUCUAGUUUAACUUCAGUGUAACUCUAGUUUAACUUCAGUUUAACUCUAGUCUAACUCUAGUUUAACUUCAGUGUAACUCUAGUUUAACUUCAGUCUAACUAGUUUAACUUCAGUGUAACUCUAGUUUAACUUCAGUCUAACUCUAGUUUAACUUCAGUGUAACUCUAGUUUAACUUCAGUUUAACUCUAGUUUAACUUCAGUGUAACUCUAGUUUAACUUCAGUGUAACUCUAGUUUAACUUCAGUGUAACUCUAGUUUAACUUCAGUGUAACUCUAGUCUAACUAGUUUAACUCUAUUAAACCUCCAGUUUAAAGGCAUCCUCCAGCUGCAGAGCCACCGUUGCCGCUCCUCGUCCUGUGAUGCUCUGGAUUCUUGAGGGUCUCUUCCUCGUGGCCUCCACGCUGUUGAGGCUCUUGUUAACAGAAGAAAACGACAUCACAUCUGUUUACAUCUGCCACACAGUUUAAACUCAGUUCGGUGUCUGCUGCUCCCAAAACUCACGUUUAAAACACUCCACACAAUGUCUCUUUUUUUAAAUUCUAACUUAAUCUUUUCACCAUUUACAUCCAGCUUAACUCUGAAGUUCAACUCCAUGUUAGGAUCACAUUAUUCCUGAUGUUACUCAGGUUUAAUUCAGAUUCAACCCUAGUUUAAAUAGAGUUUGUAUCAGGUGUAAUCCUUUAAGUUACUUGGAUCCUGGUUAAACUUCAGUUUAACUCUGAUAAGUCGGAGGUCAAAGUAAAAGCACUAAAGUUCCUGCUUGUGUUUACAUUGCGUGUCUUUAUGUUUCAUAGGAUAUCUUACUUUAUUUGUUUGUUUCCUGAACUGAUCAAUCAGAUCACAUUGUGCAGUUUAUUAAGAAGUGGAUUUCUGUUUGAAUGUUGCACCACACAAAGCGGCAGGAAGUGCAGCCCUGAAGCGAGAGGUGACUUCCUGUCGGAUGAAUUGGUUGUAAUGACGAAGCAGACCACCACACCCAGCCUGUUAAUAAUAAUAAUAAUCAUCAUUUAUUUUAUAAAGCGCUUCUCAAGGCACCCGAAGUCUCUUUACAGUCCAGAGUCCAGGAGUCACACACAGUCACCCGGUGGAGCUCCAUCAGGAGCCACAGCUGCCCUGGGGCCGACUGACGGAAGCGUGGCAGCUAAUCGGCGCCUACGGCCCCUCCCCCAAUCAGCGCCUCCGGCCCCUCCCCCACCACCAACACUCAUUCACAUCCAUACGACCCGGGGUGAGGCUGCGGUGCAUGUCUUUAUGAUACUUUUUUUCUUUAAUACUGUAAUGGAAUGUUCCGGUUAUUAACUUGUUUCAUCUCAUUCUCUAAAGAUAUGCACAUCAUUCAGUAUUUCUGCUUUUUAGAUUUCACAAAGUAUUUCAGGUUCAUGUGAUGCAGGAAUCAAUCCUUGUUUUUUAGAACUAUAAUUCUGAAACAAACAUAGACAUAUUAAUAACACUAAAGAUAAUAACCAUGCCGUAUUUUGUUGUCAGAUCUUGAAUCAGACCAAUGACUGAAUUUCUAUUUUGAAGUGGAGCUGCUGUUGAUUGGUGAAAACACGUAUCUGUCUUUGUUUUAUUUGUUGAUAUCAGCAACUUAGUGAAGUUGAAUUUUGUUUCAAUAAACUGAUACAGAAAAUACAA